UAUUAGUCGAACCCUCUUACAGAUGGACAAAACAAAGACCUCUUCUCCAUUCAUCUGGUUACAGUACAGAACCAUCAUCGAUGUCGGCGUUCCCAGUCGGCAAGUAUGCUCGCUACAAGCGCGCCACAGCCUUCUUCUUGGACUGGCUGGUGCGUGCGCGGGGUCGAGGCCGCUAUGGAAGUCAAGAGUCAGAGCUGAACAAGUUGACGGCCGUCGUGGAAGAGAUCGCAGCUGCACCAACAUCUCUCACUCCAAAACUAUUGAGUGAGUUCCCCAAGGCGCUCGCCGCCUGUCAGUGCGCCAUCACGUUCCGUGAGCAAGUCGCUACUUACUUAGGAGGUGGAGAUAGCGGUCAUCGACACUUUUUAGGGCUCUUAAAGGGCUGGCAAAGGACUUUGAAAGUCGUUGAGAGUGAGCAAGAUACAGCUGAGUCGGAGAGCACGCGAUUUAAGAACUAUUAUGCAGUUUUAGAGGUGGAUGAGGACUAUUUCCCUGAUGAAGGCCUAUUUACUGUCGAGGCAGGAGCUCCGAGUAACGCUGAAGUGGACAGAGAACGGUUGUUUAAUGAGGCCUUUGCUGAAGAUCUGAGACUGGAAGUGGUAUAUUUCUUUUUGGAAUUGGAGGAGCUAGUAGAAGGAGUUUUUAGUAUCUUCAAUCAAGUGAAAAAACAGCAACGCACAAUGGUGGAGGCCACAGUGGUGUCUAAAUUGGCUAUUGAUACUGCUAGUGCAUUGACGGCGAAGCUCCAGUUGAGAUACCCAGCGCUAAAGACUGCAGAAGACGUCCUACGUAUCGUGACGGAAAAUACACCCAAGGACUUUGUGGAGAAAUUGGCGUAUAAAGUCCGCGACGUGUGGACUAAAUUCCAGAACAACGGAACAUUGGAGUUCGUCCCAGGAAUGCUUCUUGUGGACUUUAUCAGUGUAAACAGAACAUUGACAAGCUUCACCUCUGUCAUCCCGCGUCAAGAAGGAGCCCAUUUGACUCUUCGCGAUGGCUUUCAUGGGGAAACUUACGGAGAAGAUCGGACCCCAGAGUACAUGCUUCCAGACCCCACUAACCUCGUGGUUUUCUUGAUGCAGCAGUUGCCAUUACUAUAUAACACAAUCACGGCAACGAAGCUGUGUACUGGCUCUGGAUACGACGAAUCGAACCUUGCAAGUUCGUUCUUAGCAGCAAUAGAUGAGUAUUUCACGACCGAGGAGGUUACAGUGCCUAUUGUGUUUACGUGCAUCUGCUGGCUUAAAUCUGUUGCUGCGCUCCAAGGAAAUUCUGGUCUCGUUCGUAAUGUGGGUCUUACGUUUAAGCACUCGAAGGAUUUAAUGAGAAACAUGGAAACGACAGUGGAGAAAGGUGCAGUGUUCACUGCAGAUAAGGGAAUUCACCGAGGCUUAACGAAAUGCGCAGAAGAGAUUAAACUAUCAAGUCGAGGGCACAACUUAGCACGCGCGAAUCCUCUGAUGGCAGGGUUCAUGAUGCUGACGUAUCAUUUCCACUAUUCUCACAUGGCUAGUGAGAUUUUGAUGGUGACGUCGAGAUUUCGAGCCUUUGGUCACCUCUACAAUGCGCUCAUGGAGCAGAGAUUCCUUCAACACAUUCCGUUUUUCGACGAAGUGUUGAGAAUCUACGACGAGAUGAUCUUCACGCCAUCACGUGCUGCAGCGGUGCAUGGCUCGUAUAAUCGGGCUUACCUACUGAGCUCCCACUUGACUGCAACCUCAGUCAAUGCCAUGUAUCGCGGUGUGACUCCACCAGCGGGAAAAGAAGGAGUUAAAGUUCGGAAGGCGUUGCAUUUCGAGGAUUUAUCCCAGAUCUACCGUCUUCUUAUUCAGAACGACAAGGCAGUGCUUGGUGGUGCGUCGUCGAAGGCGAUGCUAAACAGAGCAGCAGAUAUUUGCUCGAUGGAACUGUUCCAGACGCGAGUACUCUCCCGUGACAUGCUGAAGCUCAAUGACGACCUCACGGACGUGUUCUCUGAGAUGUGUGAUGCGUUGAACCAACGGCAGUACCACAAUGAUUAUAUAGCUGCUCGACCUAAGCGUGGCGAGACUCGUCAGUACCGAGUGAAUCGCGCGUUAGAGGCUGCAGUAAUGACGCCUUUGAUGCCGCUCUUGGACUGUCUGCAGCCUGAUGGAUCGCUGGAUAUGAGUGCGAUACCCACUCCACAUGUCCAGAUCGGUAAUCUGAGUAGUCGUGGUAUCAAGCUACUGUGUAUGAAGGCUGCUGCUGUGAUCAAAGCUAAGUUUGCGACGCCACCUCUGGUCUGCGAGAAGAAAUACUUCACGUUCCCUUUUAAACCUGAUUUCGUCAACCAAGAGUAUGGAGCACCGUCGAGAGAGUUGGAGGGUCAAGCACGGUAUAGUGUGUUUGAUGGCCUUAUGACAAUGCUCGAAGAAAGCAAUGGUCCUCUUUCUGGAGAUAAUCUGGAGAUUCUCAAAUCUGAACUGCGACAGAAUCCAGAUCUUCUGGCCAUGAGAACAAAUUCUCACUUAUGGUCGCUAUUCCACCAAGCAGCAGCUGGACCUGCACACGAUGCGGACUUAGUGGAAUGGAUGAUCCAGCUUGGAGCACUUACAAUCCAGCCCUUGCACUGUCGAUACAAAUUGCAACGAGAUGCUCCGUUUAAUAGCGAGAAUCUGCCCAACACUAUGGCAGUUCACAGUGCAGCGAUCGCAGGACACGAAGACAUUGUCCGGAUUAUUCUUGAGGCUGACAAUAUGGUCGAGUUGAACACCCCCACGUAUCAUACGAAAGAAACGCUUGCUCAUUUGGCUGUCAAGCGCGGACAUCACAGGUUGUACGAGUUGCUGGUGCUGUUCGGAGCGGAUCUUCGCAUUAAAGACGGCAAUGGCAGACGAGUGUGCGACGUGACAGCAGAUCGAGAGUGGAGACGUGACAUUGCAGCGUCCAUUGCUGAGAUCGAGAGAUGCCAGAGGGAAAACGAGAGUAAAAGGAAUCGCGACGGACUGUUCCGCCAUCAAAGCGAUCUCCGAGCUGACAUUCUUCGCCGAUCAGUAAAUUCUCAGCGCGAUGAAGAGCGACGACGUGAACUGGAAAACACCAACUCAAAUGCGGCCAAUACGACAUCGAAGAAGAAGAAAAACAAAAAGAAGAACAAGAAGGGUAAAGCGACAGCAAAUAGUUCUACUCCUGGUGCGUCAAGCUCCACAGUGACGGAAGAUUCAGCGGGAGUAUCAAGCUUGCUGAAGGAUUUAUUGGUUCCAAGCAGCUCAGAGACCGACGAGAAUGAUGAUACAAAGCCGGCAGCGUUGCAGGAGGACACUGAAGAGGACACAGCUGCGAUAUUUGCUCGUCUGAGAGACCCGAACAUUCCUGUGGACAAUAAAAUCGACGACGUGAAGCACGCUUGUGAACUAAUCAAGAAGUUGGAGAGUUCCGUGAUGGCUUCCAGUCACCCAAGUCGACUCAAUUCCACAGAUCGCCGCGAUCGAAUCACUCUCGUUUCCGUGGCGUUACAACUCAUCCAUUUGAUGCAGAAACUCCAUCGAGUCAACCACUCCGCUAUCGCUGUCCCCGCUCUCUUACCUGUGCGAACACUCUGUGAUACGACACUCAAGUUCACAAGUUUUGUCGUUGGAACAGCGCAACUUAGCGUAUCCGUCAAUAGGAAGCCUCAAGCUACGGAGAUUCUGGAUUUACUGGAGAAACGUUUAGUGAAGAUGCCAUUCCUUAAGAGAGAGCCUUCUGUGUAUAGGGAGAUGGUACAGACGUACUCUUCAGCUCGUGAUGCGAUGGGCUUAGGCCAAACGUCAAGCGCCGACAUAUUUCGUGCGUUGGAAUGGUACUUAACCAACAUUACGACUCGCUAUAAAGUGCAGACAGCACUGGACAAGUUCGUUGGACGGCCCAUGUAUCUGGAAUUUACGACUGUGCCAAGAAUCACCGAGCGACAGUUCCGUCGCUUUGAAGCUGCUGUUGGGACUGUUCCAGAGUUGGAAGGCGUCGUGUGUCUGGGCAGCCGAGUCAUGUACGGGGCCACGGAAUUCGAUGGUUUAAUGCGCGUGCUUCGCGCUAUUGGAGACUUGGCCCAUAGGGAAAAGAUGGCCUUUGCUCAGGAGACGAUGCAGAUCGCAGUGACUACGCUGUAUGUUGGGAGGUUUGAGUUCUCGGAGAAUGGCGUUGUCAAGUACGACGCUGCUGCGGCUUGAGAUGAUAUUGCUGUUGACGCAGGUAAGGAUUGACGCUGUUAAGAUUGCAAUACACUCUUGAUUGUUCUGAGUUCUCAGCAUCUAGUUUUUGUCACCACUCGGCACUUCGUACUGCGCCAUGGCAUCCACUUGCACCAAUCGAUUCGACUGCAACCAGCAUGUAUAGCGUCAAUAACAAAUUUCACUGGAAGUUUUUAAUGAUCUCACCGGGAUAAUAUACGCUGUGAGCUUCCUCCCA